GAGAGGCAGAGAGAGAGAUCUUCCAUUGGUUGGUUCAUUCUCUAAGUGGCCGUAAUGGCUAGGGCUGAGCCAGACUGACGCCAGGAGCGUCUUCUGGGUCUCCCAUGUGGGUGGUAGGGGCCCAAGCAUUUGGGUCAUCUUGUCAUCUUCUGUUGCUUUUCCCAGGCACAUUAGCAGGGAGCUGGAUGGGAAGUGGAGCAGCCAGGACAAGAACUGGCACUCGUAUGGGAUACUGGCAUUUCAGGCAGUAGCUUUGCCCACCAUGCUACAGUGCCGGCCCCUCUUCCCUAGUUUCUUGUAGACUUCUUUGGAGUUCUGCUAUGCUAAGCACACAGUAGUACAAAUAUUCUAGCAGAAUAGUGCAUUAAAAAAAAUCUUAAAAAAUAGAAAAUGUCCUACAGAAGGUAUUUUUUUCUAUCUUGGAUUCUGAAGUGCAGAGAUUUGCAUGCCGAGACAGAAUGUAGUUGACUCCUUCCUGUAAAGUAAGAGUUGAGAUCCUAAAAAUGAAGAUUCUUAAAGAUGUAAGAUUUUCUGAAAUUUUUGUGGUAGAAAUAAGCAUACUGAGAAUUAGUUACAGCUCAUCAUCUACUGAGAAAAUACUGGUAACACUAAGGGAAAAAAUGGAGAAUGAAUUAAGAUGUGAUUUCUUCACUCUUACAAUGAUUAGUUGGAUAACCAAGAUACAAGUAAUGAAAUGUGGUGAGUACAAUAAUAUACAUAAGAAGAUCUUGAGAGAGCAGUUACAGCUGGUUUGGGGGAUGGGCAUAGUAAGAAGAAAGGAGAGUAAGAAAGGAUUGUCAGUGAUAAAAUAAUUUAGACUAAAUCAUGAUAGGAUUUGCCAGGUGAACUGGGAUAAUGUCUUUGGGUCUGAAAGUAAAGGGGCUUUGACAGUGACACUAGUUAAUCUGAGUAACAGUCUCAUUUUCCUUUCCUAACCUGUCCUCAUCAGAUGCAGAAACAGAACUGAUGUCAGAGGGGUAGAUGAAGAUAUGUGGGCUGGGGCUAUUUCAACUGUUAAUCAGUUUUGUGAAUUUAUUUAAUCUCUGAGUCUGUUACUGGUGUCAAGAACUGGCAAUAAAAAUCUACCCUCAGGGCUAGUGUGAGAAUUGAUUGAAAUGGUGUGUAUACAACUUAUCUGAAGCCUUGAUCCAUAAUACUGUCCUUUGCUACUCUUUUGUCUUGCAAAGUCCCUUUCCAGAUAGAGGCAUUCAGCAUACUUAUUGAUUUUAUUUAAGUAUCCUGGGAUAGUAGAGAAAAACCUAACAAAUUCUUAGGAGAAUUGUAAUACUGAAAGACAAUGGGUACAGUGAUAGAGCUUACAUUCCGUAUCUUAUUUUGAAAUCUAAAUUAGGUGAAAAAUAGCUUUUCAGCUACUGUUAGUAGAUAGCAGCUUUUUCUAUCUAUUCUAAGAAUACAGUUUAGACUAAGAAGAAAGUAGUUAGGAUUUACUUUGGAAAGAUAUUUGACAAGACAAGGGAGGGUUGAAGAGGGCAGAAGCGUAGUAUCUGUGCUUGAGAGUGUUACAUAAUUUAAAUUUUGUGGAUCAGACUUCCCUCAAUCUCAUAUUCAUCAGGCAAGUAUAAAUGUUUCGGUUCUUUGUCUGGGCCCUGGACUGCCAUCCCCAUUUCAAUAAUAUGCCAGUGCCAUAGCAGUGUUUUGUCUGUUCCAGUCUUUUCUACUUUAUCCCCCUUAUGUUUUUCAUGAAUAAACUUUGCUUGAGCCACCCUCAGAGAAUCAUAUAUAUACAUAUUUACUUAUUUAUUUUUUGAAUGACCAAUACAGAGAGACUUCCCAUUCAUUGAUUUACUCCAUAAAUGCCCAUAACAGCUGAGGCAGGGCCAGGCUGAAGCUAGGAGGCCAGAACUCCAUCUUGUUUUCCCCCUUGGGAAACCUGUUGCUUCCCUGGGUUUACAUUAUCAGGAAGCUGGAUUAGGAGGGGAGCUGAGACUCUAACCUAGAACUCUGAUAUGAGAUUUAAGUGCCUCAAGUGGUAUCUUAACUGCUCCGUCAAAUAAGCUCCAAUAGUUAUAUUUUUAAGAAUUAAUAUGGCUUAGAUCAAUUAUAACUUUGAUUUUUCAUGAUACUGCACUUAAAGCAGUUUUUACAUUCAUGAUCCAGUCUGCCCCAGGAAAAAUAAAUAAGGAUCUUUUAAAGCUGAGUAAUUCAAGACUUUUUAAUGAAAAAUUUCAAAAAUAUACUGAAAGAAUGGAUUCCAUAUGCUCAUCAUUCAGCUUGAAUAAUUAUCUCUUCUUUUUAACUCUAUUCCUGCCAUCUUCUUUAUACCCUGAAAAAGUUUUAAUAAAUGCUUACAUUUAAUGAUAGAUAGAGGAAAAGAUAGCACAAGAUAACUAAAUUCUAGGAAGAUAGAUCAAGGAAGAGAGAAGAAAAUGUGGAUUAUAUAGCUAAUGGGAACUGUCAAGCAAACAGGUUCAUUGUGUGCAUUUGUCCUCUUCUUGAUGACACUAUUAGUAUCCUUCCCUUAUUUGUCUUGUUAAUAUACCCUGCAGACUGAGUUUUACCCUUUUGUGCUCUCUUUUUGCCCCCCCAGAUUAUCUACAUUAUUUUUAUUUGCUUUUCAUUCAUAUCAGAAUGUUGGGAGGAUAGUAGCGGGCAUGAAAUGUAAUUUGCACUGGGACCAAAUACUCACCUGGGGAUGUAUUUGUGACCAUCUGGACUACUGGAGAGAAGAAAUUAUUUUUAUCUUUAUUGGUAAAUUACUCAAAAUAAGCUCUGUUGCUACCUAAUUCUAAGGACACUAUUGUCAAGAUUCAAACUGGAUUGUAAGCUGUAACCAUCCUGUUAACAUUGGAGCACUUUGGGGCUUAGACUGUGAGGAGAAAAUCUUUAAUUAGCCUUCUAUAAAUUGAAAUUAACUUGAUCAAAUGAAUAUCAAUGUAAAAAACUUAGUUUUCCAGAUAUAAAGUUGAAACUCUUUUCAUGAUAAAAGUAAAAUAGAAGGUUAAAAAAAAAAAAAAAAAAACAGGCCUUGAGCAAGGUUUUGGCUUUUUUUUUUCUGGACUGAAAUGGAGGCUUUCUUUCAAGCGAAUUCCCUGAUGUUUGCUCUGUGUGAUUUGGCUCUAUCUCUGUAACUGCUAAUAUGUGGCAUGGAUUUCAAGUUGUUUGGGAUCUGGAUGUACCCAAAGUCUGUUUUGCAAGUCGGAAUUCACGGGCAUUAUGUUACAAAACUGGCUUGCUGCCUUCUUUUUUCUUUCCCUGUGUUCUGUGUAGCUGCAUUGUUUGUUGCAGUAUAUGCAUUAGCUGUUGUCCGUGUUCAGUUUCCUGUAGGCUGACAAAGUGGGAGGGGCUCCGUGUGAUACAUAGCUGAGUUUUCACUCUGUGAGUUCUUGAGUGCACGUUGCAGCCAUCUUAAUUACACUUUUGUGCAACUGAGACUGUGCAGCUGUCUCAAAAUGGCUGCUAUCCUAGCCUUUGUAGCUGCUUAAGCAGCAAGUAUGCCACUGAGGAGUCUUGCUACUUGCAUCAGGACCAGAGCUCUACUUUCCAUCCAGCUUCCUGCUGAUGGCCUGGGAAAAACAGAGGAAGAUGGAACAUCUGCUUGGGCCCCUGCUACCCACGUGGGAGACCCUGAUGAAGCUCCUGGCUCCCCCAUUGGGGCCAUUUUGAGAGUGAAUCAGAAUGGAAGAUCCCUGUUUCUCUGUCUCUCCCUCUCUGUCUUUCAAAUAAAAUAAGUAAAUCUUUAAAAAAAUUUAAAAAACAAGGUUCAAAAUGGAUGGUAUAGAAGAACCUCAGAAAAAAGUCUUUAAGGCUCGUAAAACCAUGAGAGUGAGUGAUCGUCAACAGCUUGAAGCAGUCUACAAGGUCAAAGAAGAACUGUUGAAAACUGAUGUCAAGCUGUUAAACGGCAACCAUGAAAAUGGAGAUUUAGACCCAACCUCGCCUUUGGAAAACACAGAUUAUAUUAAAGACAAGGAAGAAGUGAAUGGCAUUGAAGAUACUUGUUUUGACCCUGAAGAAAGUAAAACAGAAUGGAAAGAAACACCGUGUAAUCUAAAUGUUAAUGUAAAAAACAAGCAGGACGAUGAUUUAAAUUGUGAACUCUUGUCUCCUAGUAAUGCAACCUCUGAACCAGCCUCUAAACUGACCGCUGAGCUAGCGUCUCAUGAUCCAGCUUCUGCUGAUCUGACUCCUGGCGAUCCAGCUUCUGGCGAGUCCACCUCUGGCGAGUCCACCCCUGGUGAUCCUUCCUGUGGUGAAACUGCUUCUGGUGAUCUCUCCUGUGGUGAUCCCGCCUCUGGUGAUCCCAUCUCUGGUGAGCCAGGUAAACCAGUCUCUGUUGAACCGGACUCUGGGGAGCCAGUCCCUGACAAACUGGCCUCUGGUGAGCCAGCCUCCGGUGAUCCAGCUUCUUGUGGUGAUCCAGCAUCUUGUGGUGAUCCAGCUUCUAGUAAACCUGCCUCUGAUGAACUGACCUCUGGUGACCUGGCCUCUGGUGACCUGGUCUCAAGUGACCUGGCCAAGGGUGACUUGGCCUCCGGUGAACUGGCCAAGGGUGAAUUGGCCUUAGGUGACCCAGCUUCUGGUGACCCUGUAUCUAGUGAAUUGACCUCUAAUGAACUAACUCCUGAAUCAGCCCUUGAUUCCAACUUGGAUCCAAGCUCUGUACCAGAUUGUGAACCAUUUCCUGAAACAGACAAUGCAAAGCCAAGCAGCAAUAAAGAUGAUUUUCUUGAAAAAAAUGAGGAUGAUGAAAAGUUAGACCAAAUUCAGAAUAAGGACUCAAUUGAUGAGAAAAAUAAAGCUGAUAGUAAUAGUGAUGCUAAUGAAGAAACUGUAGAAACAGAUGACACAGUGAUUUGUUCAAAUCUACCUCCUGAAAAUGAAAAGAAGGUAGAGGAAGGUCCUUUUACAGAGCUUGCUCUUGGAGAAGAGACCAUAUCUAGCAGUAUGGAAAUUGACCAAAGUGAAAAGAAUGAAGAUGAAAAUUCUGCAGACCUUAUAGAAACUAUUAGUGAAAAUGUUAUAAAAAAUGACAAAAAUGAGAAUAUCUUAGAAAAUACAGAUUCUAUGGAGACAGAUGAAAUCAUUCCUAUUUUGGAAAAGCUUGCACCUGCUGAGGAUGAACUUACCUGCUUUUCCAAAACGUCUCUCCUUCCAAUUGAUGAGGCAAAUCCAGAUUUGGAAGAGAAAAUGGAAGCUUCUUUUGGUUCCCCAUCCAAACAAGAAAGUAGUGAGAGUUUACCAAAAGAAGCCUUUUUGGUCCUCUCUGAUGAGGAAGAUAUUUCAGGUGAAAAAGAUGAAUCUGAAGUUAUAUCACAAAAUGAAACAUGCUCUCCAGCAGAAGUAGAAAGUAAUGAAAAGGACAGUAAACCUGAAGAGGAAGAAGAACAAGUGAUAAAUGAAGAAGAUGAAAGACCUGAGAAAAAUGAAUUUUCCAGAAGAAAACGUUCUAAAUCAGAGGACAUGGACAAUGUACAGUCCAAACGCCGCCGAUAUGUGGAAGAAGAAUAUGAGGCAGAAUUUCAAGUAAAGAUUACAACCAAAGGAGACAUUAACCAGAAGCUUCAAAAGGUUAUACAGUGGUUACUAGAAGAAAAGUUGUGUGCACUACAGUGUGCUGUGUUUGAUAAGACUUUGGCAGAAUUGAAAACAAGAGUGGAAAAGAUUGAAUGUAACAAGAGGCAUAAGACAGUUCUUACUGAACUACAGGCCAAGAUAGCAAGGUUAACCAAACGCUUUGGAGCAGCCAAAGAAGAUCUUAAGAAAAGACAAGAAAAUCCACCAAAUCCACCUGUGUCACCAGGAAAGUCUACAAAUGAUGUCAACAGCAAUAAUAAUAUGCCCUACAGGAAUGCAAGCACAGUAAGACAGAUGCUGGAAUCCAAAAGAAAUGCAAGUGAGAGUACACCACCAUCUUUUCAAACUCCUGUAAAUACAGUAUCUUCAACCAACCUUGUCACUCCACCAACAGUUGUCAAUAGUCAACCUAAAUUGCAGACUCCAGCAACUUCGGGUUCUCUGACACCAGCUUCAGUUCUUCCUGCACCCAACACAGCUACAGUUGUUGCUUCUACUCAGGUGCCUAGUGGAAAUCCCCAGCCUACAAUCUCAUUACAAUCUUUGCCAGUGAUUUUGCAUGUUCCUGUUGCGGUGUCCUCCCAGCCUCAGCUCCUGCAGAGCCAUCCAGGGACUUUGGUGACCAAUCAACCAUCUGGCAACGUUGAAUUUAUAUCUGUGCAGAGCCCACCUGCUGUUAGUGGUCUUACCAAAAAUUCAGUAUCCUUGCCAUCCUUGCCAAAUCCCACAAAACCAAACAGUGCUCCGUCUGUACCCAGUCCUAGUAUUCAAAGGAACUCUCCUGCCAGUGCGGCACCAUUAGGAACAACGCUUGCUGUGCAGGCUGUGCCAACAGCACACUCUAUUGUACAAGCCACAAGGACUUCAUUGCCCACUGUAGGACCAUCAGGACUUUAUAGUUCAUCCAGUAAUCGAGGUCCUAUACAAAUGAAAAUUCCAAUCUCAGCUUUUAAUACUUCAUCUCCUGCAGAACAGAGUGGCACUACUACCCCAAGAGUUGAAAACCAGACAAACAAAACAAUAGAAGCUUCUGUUAAUAAGAAGGCAGCUGAUAGCACAUCACAGAGUGGAAAAGUGACUGGUAGUGAUUCAGGUGGUGUCAUUGACCUCACAAUGGAUGAUGAAGAGAAUGGAGCUUCACAAGAUCCCAAAAAGCUAAAUCAUACUCCUGUAUCAACCAUGGGUUCUGCUCAGCCUCUAUCUCGACCAUUGCAACCCAUCCAACCAGCACCACCUCUUCAGCCAUCUGGGGUACCAACAAGUGGACCAUCUCAAACAACAAUACACUUGCUACCUACAGCUCCAACCACAGUGAAUGUAACACAUCGUCCAGCUACUCAGGUGACCACAAGACUCCCUGUACCAAGAGCUCCUGGAAACCAACAAGUGGUUUAUACAACUCUUCCAGCACCACCAGCUCAGGCGCCCCUGCGAGGAACUGUUAUGCAGGCUCCUGCUGUUAGGCAGGUCAAUCCCCAAAAUAGUGUUACAGUUCGAGUGCCUCAAACAACCACAUAUGUUGUAAACAGUGGCCUGACCCUGGGAUCAACAGGACCUCAGCUCACCGUGCAUCAUCGACCACCACAAGUGCAUACUGAGCCCCCACGCCCUGUGCACCCAGCACCCUUACCAGAAGCCCCACAACCACAGCGUCUGCCCCCAGAAGCUGCCAGCACAUCUCUGCCUCAGAAGCCACACUUGAAAUUAGCACGAGUUCAGAGUCAAAAUGGCAUUGUACUGUCAUGGAGUGUCCUGGAGGUGGAUCGAAGCUGUGCCACUGUUGAUAGCUACCAUCUCUAUGCUUACCAUGAGGAACCCAGUGCCACUGUGCCCUCACAAUGGAAAAAGAUUGGGGAGGUAAAGGCACUUCCCUUGCCCAUGGCAUGUACUCUCACCCAGUUUGUAUCUGGCAGCAAGUACUACUUUGCAGUACGGGCCAAGGAUAUUUAUGGACGUUUUGGACCAUUCUGUGAUCCACAGUCAACGGAUGUGAUCUCUUCUUCCCAGAGCAGUUAAACCUUGGAGCCUUUAUCUCUUCUUCUUUGAAAAGUUCCACUUUUUGGUCUUGUUUUUAAUCUUGUGCAUGAUAACCAAUGUAAAAUCCACAUUGUGCAAGAUUUCUUGGAACAGAUGUAAUACACUACAUUUGUUUAUAACCAGAAGUGAAAUAAACUCAGCCCAUAAAGCAAGAAUCUUUUCCUGGACAAUUCAAGCUUCAGGGUUUUGAAAUGUAAAUGUGUACCUUGCUUUAAUUUUGAGGUUGGGGAAUAUGUAUGUGUUCGUGUUCUGUGUUUUUUCUCUAUUUAUAUGUUCAUUGCAAUGGAUUGCCCAUUUUCAUUCUCAAAUUUACCUCUAUUCCAGUAUGAAGUAGAUCACAGGAUCUGAGGUAUGUAACUGGCAUGAUUCUACUGCUGACAGAUGUGUAGGAUCAAAGUUAAAUGAUUUAAAUACAGUGUAAACAAAACCCAAAGAAAAAAGCAAAACAGCUAAAUAAUUUAAAGUAGGUUAAUUUGAACACAGCAAAGGAUCUAUUCAUCUUCUUUCUGGCUUGUUAAUUAGUAAAAUAAGAUCUACAGUGGCUCCUUCCUUUCCUGUUUUUUGCAUUUAUUUUGUGCCUUAACGAUUAAUUGCAAAAUUAGAUAUGGCCGUAUGUCCAUUCUUCCUUUCCUGUUUUUUUACCCAGUUCUCCUUUAUCUCCACCAAAUACAGUGCAUGCACACACACACACCCAUAAGAAAAUUUUCAGCAAAGGCCUUCGUAUAUAAUCUAUUACUCAUUUGUGGCAUUGCUAAAAUAUUUACUUGCUGUUUUCUUCUAAGAAUAUAGAUACUUUUAUUUUUGGCCACAAUUUUAAUUCUGUUAAAAUGACCAAGAAAAAACUAUGUUGUGGAAGAAAAUUCUCCAGACGUACUUUGGUAUCUGUGUUACACACUGUGUUGAUGUUAUGGAAGCAACUCUUGUUCACUUUAUCACCCAAAGUGUAAUACUCUUUAAAGAAAGCAAAUAGUAAAAUUCACAAAAUACAGUGAGCUAAAAUAAUCAAGGGGAAAACUCCUUUCCCCUUUUACAUCACCCUGUCUUAACCUUUAUUUGAUGGUGCCAUAUUGAGUCUGAUUUAGCUGAUUGGCUAGAAUUUAAAGUAUAUCCUUUGAGAUUAUAUAAAAACAUAACUUGUGUAUAUCUCCAUUCCUCUCAGAGUUCAUAAAAUUCAGCAUAGGUCAUGGAAUUGCAAUAUGAGUGUCGGUUGUACUUGUGUCAGGUUGUUGUUUUGAGUGUAGUUUAGGACAAGAAAGCUAAGUUUUUGGGAUGAGAGUAUGGUUGCAUAUUUUGAAAGAAAUUUGCAGUUUGUGAAGUAGCUUUUCAAGUCCUCUUCCUCUAGUUUUUCAACUCAUAUUUCUGUGCUCUCAAAUUGGUCAUUUUCCCACUUCAUGUUAUAGAAAGGGGCUAUCCCUUUUGUUAGUGGUGUUUUAUCUACUUGUAAAAAAUGUUUAGAUGCUUUUCAGUGGCCAGUGUGCUGUCAACUGAGAAAUGGGGAUUGAUAAUGAAAAAAGCCUACAGAUUGCCAAAAUGUAUAUGCUCCAAACCUUCCUUUCUCAGAAAAUGAGACCACAGUGAGAAUUCAGGUUUCCCAUGAAUUGCAUUUGCCAAUCAGUAAUGCAGAUAUUACACAUUAUACAACUACUGAUAGUAAAGUUGCCAGUGUCAUAAAAUUUUAAAAAGGAGAAAUUGAUGGUCUUAGAUGUUUAUGAUCACCUAUUUGCAUGUGUAUUAUGUUUUUACCAGCAGUGGUUGCAGUGUUAUGAUCAUUCUUGCCUACAGAAGAGAAAGCCUGUUUUCAAAAUUGUUUUUUUAUUGGCCAGUUUUAAGUUAUAUGGUAACAAGUUACCUAUCUACCCUACAAAACUUUUGAUGAACGUUUUCACUAUACUCAUUAGUCUUUUUUUUUAAAGCUUUUAUAGCAUCAUAUACAUAUUAUCAAGUGAAGAAAAGAUUAAUAGAAUGAAGAUCUCAUUAUUGUCAGUCUUCUGUCAAAAGAAAUUCUCAGUUAACCCUAGAAGAUGUACUACAAUAACAGAAUUACAAAGAGAAUGUAAUGGUUAAGGAAAAAAUAUGUAAGAUGGUGUCCUCAAAAUAGCCUGUUGAUGAGGGCAAUAACAGUUGGAUUUACUGAAAGGUACUAGGCUAGAAUAGCGCUAGGUUGGCUUUUAUUUGGAGGUUUUAAUAUUGAGUGCUUUUUGUCUAUUUCAUUUCUGAUGGGAGAGAAUGGAGGAUUCAGUUAGAAAUUACUACUGAUGACAUUUUAGUAGCAGUUCACACUCCGUGGUUAUCUUUUUUUAGUUUAUGGUACCUUUUCAUGAAGUAUUAUGAAUAAGCUAAAUUAUCCCAUUUGGGGAAUGCAAGUUUGCUACAUUUUUAGCCUGAUAAUACUUCUGUAGGUAUUGCCUUAUUGGAAAUCCUGGAAGCUUCUGAUAUUUCAACCUGGAAUAUAAGAUGUUUAUAUGGCAUUUAAAGGUAACAGUGAUGUUUGUUACUCUCUACUUUGCACUUUGUCAGAGUAAAUUUCACCCUGUUUUAAGUGUGAGUAAGCCUCUUUUUGAAAUUACGUUGUUGGAUUUAUAAAUUACAUACAAAGACAACGUGCUGUUAACAGUUUGAGGUAACUAUUUUUUCUUUCUCUGGACUCACCUUUUAAAAUAUGCAGAAUACUGUGUAUUAUUUAACAUAGUAUAUAUAACUAUCAGAGAAGUGGAGAGCUUUCCUCCCUGAGUGAAGAAUAUUGAUUGGGAAACCAUUUGCCUCACAGAGAGGUAGUCCCCACUCUCCUUUUCAUUCUUAGCAGGUAAGAAGUACCUUGAAAACAGUGAGCUAAACGGAGAAGCUUAGGGUCUUAACCUAGGUGCUUCUCUGCAGAAGUCUUUAAAAGCAGGCUGCACCAUUGAAUUUCCUUACUGCAUUGGAGAAGUAUUAACUUAGUUUUUGUUGUUUGCUCUUUUACUUUAAAUAAUUUCUGAAUUAUCAUUUACUCAGCAAGGCUAGUGUUACUAUUGCAUGAUAUGCAUUUAUCUCAUCCCAUAAGUUCUCCAGUACUGUAUAAUUGUAUAAGAUCAACAAAAUAAUGCCUGUGGUAUCCUCACUCAGCACAGUGGGGUACUGCAAAACUUCUGAAUGUGUUCCGAUUGAACUUCUUGGGCCAUUGUAGUAUCUUCAGUAUCCCAUGUUUUUUGGUUCUUGCUGUUUUAUUGUUGACCCAUGGCUGGCCUGUUUUCUGAUUUCCAGAGAAACCAUGUCCCAGUAAUACAUUAUUGCAGAUAACUGUCUAAAACUAGUGUAUGAUUCUGCCUUCCUCACUUUUUACUGGGCAUACACACACACCAAAAAGCAGAACAAGUCUCAUGGUGUUCCUUGGCAUGGCAGAUUUAUGUAAUUCUGAAAUAUUCAUCCCCUUGAGCCAGCCAGUGGGGAGGAAUAGAAUAAUACAAAUGUAUUGUUUUUUCUUCAGAUGACUUUAUCAUGUUAAAAUAAGCUUUUGUUGUUUUAUUUGUAGAGUCAGCUAAGUACCUAUCAUUUAUAUUUAAAUGUUAUCCUUUUAUUCUGUGAGGGUUGGGUUUUUUUGUUUUCUUUUUGAUGUGAUUGUUUUUGUAAAUAGGGUAACUGGGCAAUCAAACACCUUUUGGGGAUCCUGGCUUUAGUAUUUUAUUAGUCAUUUCAAGACUAAAUAUUAAAAUAAACCCUUUGUAGGAAACUUGCAUCCUGAUUUUUCUUUAUUGCAAAGUGUAAAUAGUAAGACAAUGUAAGACCUUCCUAAUGUCUAAUAUAAACUGGGCAUGUUGCCCUAUUUUUAUUAGGUCUUGAAGGUUUUUGUGGGUAAUUUUUUUCUUUUUAAAUGUAUAGUCAAGUGCUGUCUGUGUAAAUGUUAACUGUAGUGGGGUUUUGUCCGGCAAGCCUGAAAUUUAUACUUUGAAAUAAACAACUGGGUUUUUUAACA